AUGACUCAACCCAAAAUAGUUUUUUGCUCACAAUUCGCCACUGAGAAGGUCCUGAAUACUUCUAAGAAAUUCCCAUUUAUCGAGAAUGUUAUACAAUACGGCGGUACAGCGUUAGUUGAUGGGAUUUAUGCCUUUGACAAUAUUUUGAAGGAUAAGAAAUAUACAAAACCCGAAAAGGAAUUUGUAGGUCCAUCGCAGGAUCCUAAUAGAACUGCUGAGAUCUUGCUGUCUUCAGGGACAACAGGACUUGCAAAGGGAGUGGAGAUCACUGAAUGGAAUCUUCUGGUUACAAUGAGCAUCUACAAUCCCCUUGUGAUGGAGUAUGAUCUAUCCAGUCUGGAAGAAUUGUGUUGCGGAUCAGCUCCUCUGAGCAAGGAAUUGGAAGAUAAUAUUAUAUCUAGAAUACCUAAUCUCCAAGGUAUUCGUCAAGGAUAUGGACUUUCAGAAACAACGAUGACGGUGUUAAUCAAUUAUGACAUAAAAAGUAAAUCAGGAAGCGUUGGAACAGUCACAAAAGGAACCUACUGCAAAGUUGUUAACUCUGAAACUGGAAAGAAUCUUGGACCCAAUGAAAUCGGAGAAUUGUAUUUCAAGGGUCCACAAAUCAUGAAGGGUUAUAUUGGAAAUGAUGCUGCUACGAAGGAAACAAUCGAUUCUGAAGGAUGGCUUCGCACUGGAGAUCUUGGGUAUUACGAUGAUGAUAAAUACUUCUUUAUUGUGGAUCGGAUAAAAGAAAUGAUCAAGUUUCGGUCAUGUCAAGUACCACCAGCUGAACUAGAAGCUCUCCUUCUAGCUCAUCCCAAAAUAGCUGAUGCUGGUGUUACUGGGAUUCCCAAUGAAGCUGAUGGGGAGCAUCCAAUGGCUUUUGUGGUAAAGAAACCAAAUGUGGAAGUCACUGAACAGGAGAUAAAGGACUACAUUGAGGAAAUUGUAACUGACAUCAAAAAACUAAGGGGAGGAGUAAAAUUUGUAAACCAAAUACCUAAGAAUGCAACUGGUAAAAUUCUAAGGAGAGAGCUAAAAAAAUUAAUUGAUAGUUUGUAA